AUGAGUGGAACCAGUCACCCAGAUAGCACAGGUGACCCUAGCCCCAUGGCUGACAACGUGCCCACAGAUCGAGGUGCUGGAGGCCGGCGGGGCAGCAAGUUCCAUCGAUCUGGUAGUUGUGUCCAGGCUGUGCAGGAGACCAUGAAGGAGAAGCAGGCCAGGUACAAGGAAUCAAGAGAAGCUCGAAAGAAGCUACUUACCCCUGGGCACAAAUACAUCUUUGAGAUCUUGGCUGACAGGCUCUCCCUCGAACUACAAGCAGUAGAAGAGUUUGUUUUAGAUGCUCCUUCUUUGGCACCAUUUGAUGAUUUUUUUGCCAAAGGAGGAAGUAAAACCAUCGCAUUUGUCUACCAAGAGACAGAAGUCCCAGGAAUAGAGUGUGGACGCACCUUUCCUGGAACUGCAAAAGGAGCCAUAAUAAUGAGACUAUUUUUAGCCAAUUUGUCUGAGACAUGUCUGACAGGAUUGUGCCCAUUCUUUGUACGAACUAAAAUUGACGUUCCUGUCAAUAUAAAAAACAUACAUGAGGAGAUUUAUUUUUCUAUGCUGGAUGCCGCUGAGGGUCUAUUAAAAGGCACCAGGAAUCUGUUGUCAAAGAUUAUGAUGCCAGCUGUCUGUGCAACAGAAAACUGGGGUGCCUUGAAUCAGUCGAAACAUGGAGAGAAGGAUAAACAAAACUUCAAAGACACAAUCACCCGUUAUAUUCAUUUCCUAGAUGGAAUGCAAGCAUGCAUUGAAGGCACUGUUCAACUGAAGACGGCCUCAAACAUUGAAUUCUCCAGGCUGGUAUCCUUUGAAGACGUAAAAGCAGCAGCAGCAGAUGUUGACAUGGUGCAUCAACUCGAGGAAGCGUUGAUGAUGUGGUACAAACAGAUUGAGCAGGUCCUUACAGAGAGUGAUCAAAUGAGGAAAGAAGCUGAUGCCUCAGGACCUUUGACUGAGUUAGAGCACUGGAAGAGAAUGUCGGCCAAGUUCAACUCUAUCAUUGAGCACAUCAAGGGCCCCGAGUGCAAGGCCGUGGUCAAUGUACUCAAUAUCAACCGCUCCAAGACUCUAAAGUUGUGGAGAGAGCUGGAUGCCAGAAUAACCGACUGUGCCAACGAGGCAAAGGAUAAUGUGAAAUUCCUGUACACCCUCGAAAAAGUCUGCCAACCUCUCUACAACUGUGACCCGGUCACCAUGGCCAAGAGCAUUCAGAACCUUAUCAAUGCCAUUCGAAUGAUCCACAGUGUCUCACAAUAUUACAAUACAUCUGAACGAAUGACUUCACUCUUUAUCAAAGUCACAAAUCAGAUGGUUACAGCAUGUAGAGCAUACAUUACUGACAACGGCACCUCCGGAAUUUGGGAACAGGAUACACAAGACAUCAUCAAAAAGAUACAGGACUGUAUCUACUUGUUCCGGGAGUAUCAGUCCUGCUUCCACAAGACAAAGAAACAAACCCUGGAGAGGCCUGGGGAGAAACCCUUUGAGGUGUCAGAGAUGUACAUCUUUGGCAAGUUUGAGGGUUUCUGCAAGAGACUGGAGAAGAUCACUCGGAUGAUCACAGCAGUAAAGACCUUCUCUGUCCUGGGACAGUCCACCAUUGAGGGUAUAGACACUCUGGCUUCCAAGUUCCAGAACAUCUACUUGACCAUGAAGAAGAAGCAGUAUGACAUCCUGGCCCCCAGAAAAGCAGAGUUUGAGGUGGACUUUGCAGAGUUCAUGGUUCAGAUAAGCAACCUCGAGAACCAGCUCCAGAUGUUCAUGAAUUCCUGUUUCUCCAAAAUCCUCUCGUCUCAGCAUGCCUUGUUUUUUCUGAAAAGAUUUCAGAAGCUGAACAUGCCCUGUCUAAAGACAGAAGUCUCAAGCACAGUUGGGCUUAUUCUUCAGCACUACGUCUCAGAGCUGGAGUCUGUCAAGAAGCUCUACCAGAUUCACAGAGAGGACCCUCCAUUGGCAAGGAACAUGCCCCCUAUAGCAGGCAAAGUCCUCUGGAUCAGACAGCUCUACAGGAGCAUACAGGAACCCAUACACUACAUCGAGAAAAACUCAGAGAUCCUGUCGAGUCCAGAGGGAAAGGACGUGGUGAGAAUGUACAACCGGACUGCAGCUGUGUUUGUGGAGUUUGAGCUUCUCUAUCACAGAGCCUGGAUGAGGGAGGUCUCACAGCUCCAAUACGCUUUACAAGCAACCUUAUUAGUCCGCCACAUGGACACAGGAAAACUACUUGUCAACUUCGAUCCCAAAAUCACGGAGAUAGUGCGAGAGACAAAGUGCAUGCUGAAGAUGGGUCUGGAGGUUCCUGAUCAGGCUCUGCGUCUGGUCAAGACAGAGUGGUCGAUGAAAGCCAACAAACUUCGACUGGAGACUUUACUGUGCAACUACGAGGCCACCUGUGAGAAAAUACCUGCAGUUUUCUACAACCUGAUGGCAUCCAAGAUAAAAAAUGUCGAGUCUGUGCUUCGCCAUGGCUUGGUGUUACUCAACUGGUCAUCUCUCAUCUUGGACAACUUCUUUCAUAAUGUUGACACCGCCAUGUCUGAACUUAACCAUCUCCUAAAGAAGGUGCGAGACAUCUGUGAGAUGCACAUUGAUGCCGUCGUUCAAGACAUCUCAGAGACUGUGCUGAUCGAUCUCCCAGAGGACAGGCCCUCGUCACUGCAAGUCCUCAUCAGAACCAACGAGAACCAGUCAAAGGAGUGGGCAGACAUUUUGGACCACAAAAGCAGACAUGUUGAAGAGGCAGUGAAGGAGCUGAUUGAGAUAUUCAAUACUAUUUACGAGUCAAAAGAAGUCAAGAAACCUGUGGAAGUACCAAUUGUUAAAGAGCGGAAGAAUGUGGCAUUCUCAGAAGAAGUUAACACCUCCAUUGAUGAUGAUCAUAGUGAUGACAAAGAAUCUGAGAAAGAAGAUGACUUUGAGAAGGAGUGCAAAGAGAUGUACGCCUGGUUCAGCACAAAGCUACUUGACGCCUUGGUCAAAGCAACAAGGUUAUCUCUGGACACUUUGAAAAGAAGAAUCUUCGUUGCAACCUUGUCAGCAAGAAAGGGACGUUUCAGCCAAUCACAACCAAGCACAGAGGAGCUGGUGACUUUUAUCAAAUCCGAAGUCCACCUGACCAUACCCAACGUGGUGAUGGUGCCCAGUUUGGAUGACAUCCAGCAGGCCAUCAACCGACUGGUCCACCUGGUGCUGGAGGUGAGCCGGGGAGUGGCCCGUUGGGGACAGGAGCACCACCAUGAAGACAAGCGCAAAAUUAGGAAUCAUACAACUUCCCAGGAAAUCAAAUACUCUAUUUUGCAGAGUUCUUUGAAUUGUGUUGACAUUGAUUACACAAUGAGUAUUGAUGACAUGAAUGAGUAUUUAACUUGAGUUGUUUUCUCAGCAGGGAAGCUGAAGAACUUCUAUCAGAGCGUAGCUGAACACAAGGACAUUUGUAAGCUGGUGGUCCUCCUCACAUCAGCAGUCAACUCUCUGAGGAAACCGGCCAGUGAUGUUCUCAAGCAGUUCCAUCCCUUCAAGGUGGUCUGGGCCGAGGACAGACAGAUUAAGGUCAAGGAGUUCAUGGACAACAACCCCUACCUGACUCAGAUCAAGUCUGAAAUUCUGCACUAUGUGGCAUUCGAACAGGAGAUUGAUGAAAUCAAGCCUACCAUUAUUUUGGGGUGCAUUGAAAUGUCAACAGCUCCGCUGAAGAUGUCUCUGACAGUCGAGGCAAAGGCCUGGAAGAAGCUCUUGUGCAAGUACCUGAAUGAGCAGUACAAAAAGAAAAUGAUGGAGAUCAUGACUUUCACUGGAGAACACCUGAAAAAGCUCUCCAGGCCUAUCGCAGACCUGGAGGAUGUGCGUUUCGCCAUGGAAGCCCUGUCCAAAAUACGAGACUCUGAGAUCAAGAUAGACAUGACCCUGGGACCCAUUGAGGAAGCCUAUGGGAUUCUGAAUAGAUUUGAAGUGGAGGUGACCAAAGAGGAAGCGGAGGGGGUGGAUACUCUCAGAUACUCCUUCAUCAAACUGCAGUCCAAAGCGAGAUCAGUGCAAGACGAGCUGGUUCGUGUGCAGCCCAAGUUCAAACGGAACCUGUUGGAAUCAGUCACCGUUUUCCAAAAGGAUGUUGUGAUGUUUACAGACCAGUAUGAACUGGAAGGCCCAAUGGUGCCUGGGAUAAUUCCCAACGAGGCCAGCACCAGGCUGCAAAUCUGCCAGGCCAGAUUUGACGACCUGUGGAGGAAAUUUAUCACCUACUCGUCAGGAGAGCAGCUCUUUGGUUUACCAGUCACAGAUUAUGAGGCUCUGCAAAAAACACGAAAAGAGCUGAGUUUACUCCAGAAGUUGUAUGGACUCUAUGACACAGUGAUGGCCAAAAUUAGUGGAUACUACGACAUUCUGUGGACAGAGGUGGACAUUGAGGCGAUCAAUGCAGAGCUUUUGGACUUCCAGAAUAGGUGUAAGAAGCUGCCCAAAGGCCUGAAGGACUGGCAGGCAUUUUUGGACCUGAAGAAGAGGAUCGACGACUUCAGCGAGUCCUGCCCCCUGCUGGAGAUGAUGGCCAACAAGGCCAUGAAGCAGAGGCACUGGGACCGCAUCACUGGUCUGACGGGCAAAAAGUUUGAGGUGGAGUCAGACACUUUCGCCCUGCAGAACAUCAUGGAGGCAAACCUGUUGAAAUACAAGGAGGACAUCGAGGAUAUCUGCAUCUCGGCGGUCAAGGAGAAGGACAUCGAGGCCAAGCUGGCCCAGGUGGUGGAUGUAUGGUCCAGUCAGUCUCUGAGUUUCAUGACCUUCAAGGGCCGAGGAGAGCUGAUGCUGAAAGGUACAGAGACCUCUGAGAUAGUCGCUACCAUGGAGGACAGUUUGAUGCUGCUGGGAUCAUUGCUGAGCAACAGAUACAAUGCUCCAUUCAAGAAAGACAUUCAGAACUGGGUCUUCAAGCUGUCUACUUCAUCUGACAUUAUUGAGCAGUGGCUUAUCGUCCAGAACCUGUGGGUGUAUUUGGAGGCUGUGUUCGUGGGAGGUGACAUUGCCAAACAACUGCCACAGGAAGCCAAGCGCUUCCAGAACAUUGAUAAGUCGUGGAUCAAGAUCAUGCAGCGUGCCCAUGAGAUCCCCAACGUGGUGCAGUGCUGCGUGGGAGACGAGACCAUGGGUCAGCUGCUGCCUCACCUCCAGGAGCAGCUGGAGCUUUGCCAGAAGUCUCUCACUGGGUACCUGGAGAAAAAGAGGCUCCAGUUCCCCAGGUUCUUCUUUGUGUCUGAUCCCUCCCUUUUGGAAAUCCUGGGACAAGCUAGCGAUCCACACACAAUUCAGCCUCAUCUCCUUGGUGUGUUUGACAAUGUCAACGAAGUGGAAUUCCACGCCAAAGAUUAUGACAAGAUUUUGGCUGUCAUUUCACAAGAGGGAGAGAAAGUGCCGCUGGACCACCCAGUGAUGGCAAGGGGGCCUGUGGAGCUGUGGCUGGGAGAGCUGCAGAUGCAGCAACAGUCCUCUCUACACUCUGUCAUCAAGGCUGCUGAUCUCCAGAUCAACGACUCAGGCUUUCAGCUCCUCACCUUCCUCAACCAGUUCCAAGCACAGGUGGGCCUGCUUGGCAUCCAGAUGCUGUGGACACGGGACUCGGAGGAGGCGCUGCGCAACGCCAAAGACGACAAGAAGAUCAUGCCAACUACCAACCAGAAGUUCCUGGAUCUGCUCAACACACUGAUUUCACAGACCACCCAUGACCUGACCAAAUUUGAUCGUAUCAAGUUCGAGACACUGGUCACAAUCCAUGUGCACCAAAGGGACAUAUUUGAUGACCUAGUCAAAAUGCACAUCAAGUCAACCACUGACUUUGAGUGGCUGAAGCAGAGCAGGUUCUACUUCAAGGAGGACUUGGAUCAUGUCUUAGUGUCCAUUACCGACGUGGAUUUUGUUUACCAAAAUGAAUUCCUGGGUUGCACUGACCGUCUGGUCAUCACCCCUUUAACUGACAGGUGCUACAUCACACUGUCUCAGGCUCUGGGCAUGAGCAUGGGCGGCGCCCCAGCCGGGCCAGCCGGUACAGGGAAGACUGAAACCACUAAAGACAUGGGCCGCUGCCUGGGGAAAUACGUGGUGGUCUUCAACUGCUCUGACCAGAUGGACUUCAGAGGACUUGGUAGAAUCUACAAAGGUCUUGCCCAGUCUGGCUCCUGGGGCUGCUUUGACGAGUUCAACAGAAUUGACUUGCCUGUGCUGUCUGUAGCUGCACAGCAGAUCUACAUUGUUCUCUCAUCCCGUAAAGACCGCAAAACACAAUUCAUCUUCACCGAUGGAGACUUAGUCAGUCUGAACCCAGAAUUUGGGCUGUUUAUCACCAUGAACCCUGGUUAUGCUGGGCGUCAGGAGUUGCCAGAGAACCUGAAAGUUCAGUUCAGGACUGUGUCCAUGAUGGUGCCGGACAGACAGAUCAUCAUGAGGGUGAAAUUGGCCAGCUGCGGUUUCAUUGAAAACGUUGUCUUGGCACAGAAGUUCUUUGUGCUCUACAAACUGUGCGAGGAGCAACUGACAAAGCAGGUCCACUAUGACUUUGGUCUGAGGAACAUCCUGUCUGUGUUGAGAACCCUGGGGGCCAAUAAGAGAGCCCGACCUCAAGACACCGAGUCCAGCAUUGUGAUGAGAGUUCUGCGUGACAUGAACCUCUCCAAACUGGUGGAUGAGGACGAGCCUCUCUUCCUCAGUCUGAUCAGUGAUCUGUUCCCGGGGAUCCAGCUGGACGGGAGCACCUACGCUGAGCUGCAGGUUGCCGUGGCCAACCAGGUGGAGUUGGCAGGCCUCGUCAACCACCCUUCGUGGAACCUCAAACUUGUUCAGCUUUACGAAUCGUCGCGUGUGCGUCACGGCCUGAUGACACUCGGCCCCAGUGGGGCCGGGAAGACCGCAGUCAUCAACAUCCUGAUGCGAGCCUUGAGCGAGUGCGGAACGCCCCACAGGGAGAUGAGGAUGAACCCCAAGGCCAUCACGGCCCCCCAGAUGUUCGGGCGUUUGGACGCCGCCACUAACGACUGGACUGACGGCAUCUUCUCCACGCUGUGGAGGAAGACUCUAAAAACCAAGAAGGGAGAGAACAUCUGGAUAGUCCUGGACGGCCCUGUGGACGCCAUCUGGAUUGAGAACCUCAACUCUGUUCUGGAUGACAACAAGACCCUGACCCUGGCCAACGGUGAUAGGAUCGUCAUGUCCCCGGCCUGUAAGCUGGUGUUUGAGGUGCACAACAUGGACAACGCCUCCCCGGCCACCGUAUCCCGCGUGGGCAUGGUCUUUAUGAGCUCCUCGGCUCUCAGCUGGAGGCCUAUACUGCAGGGAUGGGCUUACAAACGCAGUGCAGUGGAGGCAGACAAUAUCAUGAGUCUGUACGACAAAGUCUUUGAGGAUGCCUACGUGUACUUGAAGCAAAGCCUCAAGCCCAAAAUGGAGCUUUUGGAGUGCAAUUAUAUCAUGCAGUCAGUGAACCUGCUGGAGGGCCUGAUCCCCACCAAGGAGGCGGGGGGCCUGGUCAGCAGCAUGCAGCUUGAGCGCCUCUUUGUUUUCUGCCUGAUGUGGAGCGUGGGAGCCCUGCUGGAGCUGGAGGACAGGGAAAAGCUGGAGGCCUUCAUCAGGGCCCACGAGAGCAAGGUGGACAUUCCCAAAACACAGCCCGGAGAGACCAUCUUCGAAUAUAUGGUCAACCAGAACGGUGACUGGGACCAUUGGAAUAACUAUGUGGUGGAGUACAUCUAUCCCACUGACUACGUGCCAGAUUACGCCGCCAUCCUGGUUCCCAAUGUGGACAACACCAGAACCAGUUACCUUUUGGAGACUAUUGCAAAACAGCGCAAGGCUGUGUUGCUUAUCGGUGAACAAGGAACUGCCAAGACAGUGAUGAUUAAAGGCUACACCAACAAGUACGACCCUGAGACAGACCUGUCCAAAUCACUGAACUUUUCUUCUGCUACUGAGCCUACAAUGUUUCAGCGCACAGUGGAGAGCUACAUUGAGAAGCGAAUGGGUAGCACCUACGGACCUCCUGGAGGACGCAGAAUGACCAUCUUUGUGGAUGACAUCAACAUGCCCAUUGUCAAUGAGUGGGGCGACCAGAUCACCAACGAGAUAGUCCGUCAGAUGAUGGAGAUGACUGGCAUGUACAGUCUGGACAAACCAGGAGACUUCACCACCAUUGUGGACAUGCAGAUGCUAGCUGCUAUGAUUCACCCUGGGGGAGGCAGGAACGACAUCCCCCAGAGACUGAAGAGACAGUUUACCGUGUUCAACUGUACCCUGCCAUCCAACACCUCCAUUGACAAGAUCUUUGGUAUCAUGGGCUGUGGAUACUUCCACGAAUGCAGGGAGUUCAAGUCUGAGAUUUCUGAGACAGUGAAAUAUCUGGUCUCCGCUGGUAGGAUCCUGUGGCAGUGGACCAAGGUGAAAAUGCUGCCCACGCCCUCAAAGUUCCACUACAUCUUCAACUUGAGAGACUUGUCAAGGAUCUGGCAGGGCAUGCUCAUCAUCAAGGCAGAUGAGUGUGAUGAUAUCCCCACCUUGCUGGCGCUGUUCAAGUGUGAAUGCACCAGGGUGAUCGCAGACAGGUUUGUCUGCUUUGAGGACAAGGUGUGGUUUGAGAAGGCCAUAUCCAGGGUGAUCCAGGAUCACGUGGACCCCAGCCUGGUCCCUGACCUCCACCCUGACCCCUACUUUGUGGACUUUCUGAGAGAGGCUCUCGAGCCCACGGGAGAUGAGGCAGAUGACAUCUGUUUGGACGCCCCCAAAGUUUACGAACUGGUGCCCAGUUUUGAGUUCCUGUGUGAGAAGCUGAUUAUCUAUCAGAGCCAGUACAAUGAGAAUGUUAGAGGGGCCAGUCUGGACCUUGUGUUCUUUACAGAUGCCAUGACUCAUCUCAUCAAGAUCUCACGUAUCAUCCGGACAGACUGCGGCAACGCUUUGCUAGUGGGAGUGGGAGGAUCAGGAAAACAGAGUCUCACCCGACUGGCUUCCUUUAUAGCCGGAUACAGUAUAUUCCAGAUCACCCUGACCAGGACGUACAACAUCAGCAACCUGAUGGACGACCUGAAGGUCCUUUACAGAACAGCCGGGGCAGACGGCAAAGGCAUCACCUUUAUCUUCACAGACAACGAGAUCAAGGAUGAGGCCUUCCUGGAGUACCUCAAUAACGUGCUCUCAUCUGGGGAGGUGUCCAACCUGUUUGCUCGUGACGAGCUGGACGAGAUCACUCAGAACCUCAUUGGUGUAAUGAAGAAAGAGUUGCCUCGCGUCCCGCCCACCUUCGACAACCUGUACGACUACUUUAUCUCCCGAGCCAGGAAGAACCUGCACGUGGUUCUUUGCUUCUCUCCGGUUGGUGAGAAGUUCCGUUCGCGCUCCCUGAAGUUCCCAGGUCUGAUCUCAGGCUGUACUAUGGACUGGUUCACUCCCUGGCCCAGCGAGGCUUUAGUGGCCGUGUCCCAGUACUUCCUCUCUGACUUCCACAUGGUGUGCUCCCCCGAGGUCAAAGCCGCGGUGGUACAGACCAUGGGCAUAUACCAUGAUAAAGUGUCCGUCACCUGCGAGAGCUACUUUGACAGGUUCCGAAGAAGAACUCAUGUGACCCCUAAAUCCUACCUGUCUUUCAUCAAUGGAUACAAGACGGUAUACAGUGAAAAUUACAACUUUAUCAACACACUGGCUGAGCGCAUGAAUGUUGGUCUGACCAAACUGUUGGAGGCUAGCGAGUCUGUGGCUCAGCUGUCCAAAGACCUGGUUGUUAAGGAGAAAGAGCUGGCUCUAGCCUCCAUCAAAGCAGACAAGGUGCUGGCAGAGGUGACAGUAAGCGCUGAAGCAGCCACCAUCGUAAAGGCUGAGGUCCAGAUUGUAAAGGACAGAGCCCUGAAGAUUGUGGAGGGCAUUGAGAAGGAGAAAGCCUUUGCAGAGGUCAAGCUGAAAGCAGCUAAACCGGCUUUAGAGGAGGCAGAGGCCGCUCUGAAUACCAUUAAAGCGGCUGACGUAGCCACGGUGAGGAAGCUGGCCAAACCUCCCCACCUCAUCAUGAGGAUCAUGGACUGCUGUGUGCUGCUCUUCCAGAAGAAGCUGGACACCAUCACCAUGGACCCAGAGAGGCCCUGCCACAAGCCCUCCUGGGGAGAGGCACUCAAGCUGAUGAGCGCCAGUGGUUUCAUGGCGUCACUGCAGCAGUUCCCCAAGGACAGCAUCAACGAGGAGAUGGUGGAGCUACUGCAGCCCUACUUCCAGAUGGAGGACUACACGUUUGAGUGUGCCAAGAAAGUGUGCGGCAACGUGGCAGGCCUGCUCUCCUGGACCUCCGCCAUGGCCACCUUCUUCGGCAUCAACAAGGAAGUGCUGCCACUCAAGGCUAACUUGAUUAUUCAAGAGGGCAGACUGUCAAUAGCCAAUUCCGAGCUAGCAAGUGCUCAGUCUCAGCUGGAUGAGAAACAGGCCGAGUUGGACAAAGUACAGGCCAAGUUCGAUGCUGCUAUGAAAGAGAAACAGGAUUUGCUGGACGAUGCAGAGAUGUGCAGGAAUAAAAUGGUGGCAGCGUCAGCACUCAUUGAUGGGCUUAGUGGAGAGAAAGUGCGCUGGACAGAGCAGAGCAAACAGUUUAAAUCACAGAUCAACAGACUCGUAGGGGAUGUCCUCCAGCUCACUGGCUUCCUGUCGUACUGUGGACCCUUCAACCAGAACUUCCGCAACAUGCUCCUAAAGGACAUCUGGGAAGCAGAGCUCCGCAAGAGGAAAAUCCCUUUCACUGAUAACCUCAAUAUUAUCUCUAUGCUGGUGGACCCCCCUACUAUAAGCGAGUGGAACCUACAGGGACUGCCUGGAGACGACUUGUCAGUGCAGAACGGCAUCAUCGUGACCAAGGCUACGAGGUUCCCUCUCCUCAUCGACCCUCAGACCCAGGGCAAGGCGUGGAUUAAAAAGAAAGAAAAAGCCAAUGAUCUGCAGGUCACGUCCCUCAACCACAAGUACUUCCGUACCCACCUGGAGGACAGUCUGUCGAUGGGACGACCGCUGCUCAUCGAGGACGUCCGAGAGGAUCUGGACCCCGCCCUGGACAACGUGCUGGAGAAAAACUUCAUCAAGUCCGGCUCCACCUAUAAGGUGAAAGUGGGAGACAAGGAGACCGACGUGAUGGAUGGCUUCCAGCUCUACAUCACCACCAAGCUGCCUAACCCGGCGUACACGCCCGAGGUCAGCGCCAAGACCUCCAUUAUAGACUUCACUGUCACCAUGAAGGGUCUGGAGAACCAGCUGCUGGGCCGAGUCAUCCUCACCGAGAAAUACGAGCUGGAGGCAGAGAGAGUCAAGCUAAUGGAGGAUGUGACGGCCAAUAAGAGGAAGAUGAAGGAGUUGGAGGAUAACCUGCUGUACAAGCUCAGCUCCACCAAGGGUUCCCUGGUGGAUGACGAGUCCAUGAUUGGCAUCCUGUCGGUAACCAAGCUGACGGCGGCCGAGGUGAGCGAGAAGCUGCACGUGGCAGCCGAGACGGAGGUGAAGAUCAACACGGCUUCAGAGGAGUACCGGCCGGCUGCCUCGCGUGGCAGCAUCCUCUACUUCCUCAUCACUGAGAUGAGCAUGGUCAACGUCAUGUACCAGACCUCCCUGGCACAGUUCCUCAAGAUCUUUGACCUCUCAAUGGCCAAGUCAGACAAGUCUCCUCUCACUCAGAAGCGUAUUGCUAACAUCAUCGAGUACCUGUCCUUCGAGGUGUUCCGCUACACGGUCCGAGGGCUUUACGAAAACCACAAGUUCAUCUUCACCCUGCUGUUGGCGCUCAAGAUCGACCUGCAGAAGAACAACGUCAAGCAGAACGAGUUCCAGAUCCUCAUCAAAGGGGGUGCUGCUUUAGACCUGAAGGCGUGUCCUUCCAAGCCGUUCCGUUGGAUCCUGGAUCUGACCUGGCUCAACUUGGUGGAACUCAGCAAACUGUCACAGUUCACUGAGAUCAUGAACCAGGUGUCUCGUAAUGAGAAGGGCUGGAAGGUGUGGUUUGACAUGGACAACCCUGAGGAUGGUGUGAUUCCUGAUGGAUACAACGACUCCUUGGAUGUCUUCCAUAAACUACUGCUCAUCAGAUCAUGGUGCCCUGACCGCACCCUGUCCCAGGCCAGGAAGUACGUUGGAGACUCGAUGGGCAUGAGGUUCGCUGAGCCUGUCAUCCUGAACCUGGAGAGUACCUGGGAGGAGAGCGACACCCGCACCCCCCUCAUCUGCUUCCUCUCUAUGGGCUCUGAUCCCACCAACCAGAUCGACGCUCUGGCCAAGAAACUCCGGCUAGAGUUCAGAGCGAUAUCAAUGGGCCAAGGUCAGGAGAUCCAUGCAAGAAGGCUCUUACAGAUGUCAAUGACACAAGGUGGCUGGGUCCUGCUCCAGAACUGCCAUCUGGGCCUGGAGUUCAUGGAUGAGCUGCUGGAGACCGUCACCACAGUGGAGACCAUGCACGACAGCUUCAGAGUGUGGAUCACCACCGAGCCCCACGACCGCUUCUCCAUCACCUUGUUACAGUCCUCUAUCAAGUUCACCAAUGAUCCCCCCCAGGGGGUGCGGGCUGGCUUGAAGCGUACGUUUGCCGGAAUCUCUCAGGAUCAGCUGGAAAUCUGCAACCUGCCCAUGUGGAAACCCAUGCUUUACAACGUAGCCUUCCUACACACUGUGGUGCAGGAACGUCGUAAAUUCGGGCCCCUGGGUUGGAACAUCCCGUAUGAGUUCAACUCGGCCGACUUCACAGCCAGUGUGCAGUUUGUCCAGAACCACUUGGAUGAAUGCAGCCCCAAGAAGGGUGUCUCAUGGGUCACGGUGCGUUACAUGUUAGGGGAGGUGCAGUAUGGAGGAAGGGUCACUGAUGACUACGACAAGCGGCUGCUCAACUGUUUCUCUCGGGUGUGGUUCAAUGACAAGAUCUUUGAGCCGACGUUCUGCUUCUACACUGGAUACAAAGUGCCUGUGUGUAAGACAGUGGAGCAGUACAUGGAGUACAUCGCCACCCUGCCUGCACUGGACACACCUCAGGUCUUUGGUCUGCAUCCCAACGCAGACAUUACAUAUCAGACCAACACGUCUGCUGAGGUGCUGGACACCAUCACCAACAUCCAGCCCAAGGAAAGUGGAGGAGGAGCAGGGGAGACCAGAGAGUCCAUUGUCUACAGACUGGCAGAGGACAUGCUGGAGAAGUUGCCCCCCAACUACGUACCCCAUGAGGUGAAAGCCAGGCUGGUGAAGAUGGGUGCCUUGAACUCCAUGAACAUCUUCCUACGCCAAGAGGUGGAUCGCAUGCAGCGGAUCAUCGGAGUGGUGCGCACCAGUCUGGUCGACCUCAAACUCGCCAUCGACGGUACCAUCAUCAUGAGCGAAAACCUGCGUGACGCCCUGGACAACAUGUUUGAUGCACGCAUCCCCAACAUGUGGAAGAAGAUCUCGUGGGAGUCGUCCACUCUGGGCUUCUGGUUCACCGAGCUGCUGGAGAGGAACACACAGUUCUACAGCUGGGUGUUUGAAGGCAGACCCAAGACCUUCUGGAUGACUGGCUUCUUCAACCCUCAGGGUUUCCUGACUGCCAUGAGGCAGGAGGUAACCAGGGCUCACAAGGGCUGGGCUCUGGACACAGUCACCCUGCAUAAUGAUGUGCUGAAGCAGAGCAAGGAGGAGAUCACUGCUUCUCCUGCUGAGGGGGUCUACGUCUACGGUUUGUACCUGGACGGGGCCGGCUGGGACAGAAGGAACUGCCGUCUCAUCGAAGCCACUCCCAAGGUGUUGUUCUGCCCCCUGCCUGUUAUUCACAUGUUCGCCAUCAACUCCACCGCCCCCAAGGACCCCAAGUUCUACAUCUGCCCCGUCUACAAGAAGCCUCGGCGCACAGACCUCACCUACAUCACAGGGGUUGUGAUACGCACGGUGCAGUCACCCGAUCACUGGAUCUUACGUGGUGUUGCCUUGCUCUGUGACAUCAAAUGAUGGACAACUUCUCAGUAUUUUUUGGGUGUUUGUGUAACCCUGUGUGGUUUCACUCAAGUAACACAAAUAAAAUAUAAAAAAAUCCAACUAGUGAGAUGUAGACAUUUUUAUGGAAUUAACAAGCAGUUUUAAAUCACAACCAAUACUAGUGUUUCGUUCAUUGAAAGAGUUGAGGUGCAUCCAAGCAUCAUAAGAUAAUUUUAACAGAAAAAUCACAACUCGCUCACAUUUCAAAAAGUUCCUUAACUAGCUACAUAUUAUAACACCAGAAAAUGUGAUUUAACCCAAAAAAUGUAGUAUCCAUUAUACUGGGAGUUACAGGUUAGGUACUGUUUGGUGUAGCACAGAA